CUGAUUUGGGCUGUCAACAACAUGAUUAAAUUUUUUAUGGCUAUAAGCCGCCAGUGUAAGCUGCGGCUGGUGAAAUGGUUUGUUCCUGUGGACAACAAGGACAGGACCGCUAUAAUGCGGGAGUUAUCGCAUUUGGUCGUUAAUCGCAACUCAAAGCAGUGUAAUUUUAUUGAAUGGAGAGAUGAUAAACUGGUAUUUCGUCGGUACGCCAGUCUGUACUUUGUUCUUUGUGUUGAUCGUGAUGCCAAUGAGCUUUUGAUGCUGGAGAUAAUUCAGCACUAUGUAGAGUUAUUGGACCGUUAUUUUUGUAACGUAUGUGAGUUAGACAUGGUUUUCAAUGUGACAAAGGCUUAUCAUAUAUUGGAUGAGAUGCUGAUUGACGGUAAUCUAUAUGAAUGUAGCAAGAAGGCUGUGUUGCGGAACGUGUCAGCUCAGGACGCUCUUUGUGAAAAGACCAAAGGUAUUUUAUCUGGCAACUCAUCAUAUUAAUUAACGGUUUUGCGAGCGU